AUGUCCAACAAACAAUCGUCAUCAUCUACCUCAUCGGAAGGGUCUUCAUUCCAUGAAGAAGAUAGUUACCUUGCCAGAAUACUCUUCAAAACUCUCUUUGCUUCUCUUUUUGAUUCGUUUGAUUGUAACAAACAAAUUUUAGCAGCUGAAAAGGCAGCUGCUCAAGAUCCUUCCAACAAGCUCAAACAUAACAUUCUCACUUCAUUAUAUAAUACUUGCAUGGGAAAUUUGGUGAACAGAGAAUUCUAUGGUCCUCUUAAAACAUCAAAAGCCAUUCCGAAAUUUUACAAAGACUCUCCACAAACUAAUCAAAGUUUUGACUUGGACACACAACAACUCGAUCUUAUCACUGAUGAAAUUUUGAAAACAAAAGAGGAAUCGGAAACAAAGAACAAAAUGAACGAAUUAUUCGGAGGGGCUAAUCCCAAUAAUUUGGAGGAGAGUUUGAAAGAAAAACCUUCUCGAGCUGUGGGACUCUUUUUAGCAAGAAAUCAUCAAGCAAUUUCAUUGAUGGGCCAACGAAUGCAACAAUUGUUGCACCUUGAUCCAAAAGUUUCGCUUGAAAAGUGGUAUCAACUUUCACAGUUCAGUCGACAACAAUUUGGUUCAAAAAUUAACUUUAAUGUCAAAGAUUCAAAGCCAAUUAUUCUGGAAAAAGACUUGGCACAAAAGUUAAACACUCUUAUUAGAAAGGAAUGUUUACCAGAAUAUCAAUUAGACCAAUGGAAUGCAGGAGAUGGAGCUGUCAAUGAAAUGUGCUUUAGUACUUGUGCUGCAUCUGUCAUGUGUGCUGAACAAAUUCAAAAAUGUUUUGACAAAUCGGAUGGUGUGGAAUUUUAUAAUUGUUUAGUGACAGAUCCAGAUUUAUUGGCCUGUACCACAAAGGUAAUCAUGCCAAAUCUUGAGAUUCCGAAAAAGUAA